CCAUCUUUGUUGCCAAGAUGGCUUCUGUCCGGUUUAUGGUUACCCCCACUAAAAUUGAUGAUAUCCCAGGCCUGUCUGACACUAGCCCGGAUCUUAGCUCCCGCUCGAGUUCUUGCGUCCGCUUCAGUUCCAGAGAAAGUGUGCCUGAAACAAGCCGCAGUGAGGGUGCCAGUGAUUUUUCCCGAAUAACCACUUCCUUGGCCACUGAAGCAGCCGAGCCAGCUUCUGACAAGACAACCAAUCCUCGCACAGAUGUGGUCGAAGAUGUGAGUCAAAUUUCCAUCACAGGGGAACAAUGUCACCUCUUAGAUCCUGGACACAAGAAGGAUUCCCAUUCAUUUCUUAACAAUAUCAACUAUGAAGAAGGCGAUGAAUUCUUUGACAAGAAUUUGGCACUCUUUGAGGAGGAGAUGGACACCCGACCCAAAGUGUCUUCUCUGCUCAAUCGAAUGGCCAACUACACCAACUUGAUGCAGGGAGCUCGUGAACACGAGGAGGCAGAGAAUGUCCCUCCAGGCAAGAAAAAAAUCACCAAGAUUCCACAGAUGGGCACAUUCAUGGGAGUCUACCUGCCUUGCCUGCAGAACAUCUUUGGAGUGAUUCUUUUUUUGCGUCUUACUUGGGUUGUGGGUACAGCUGGUGUGCUGCAAGCCUUUAUCAUUGUCCUUAUUUGCUGUUGCUGUACAUUGCUAACAGCCAUCUCCAUGAGCGCCAUUGCCACCAAUGGAGUUGUGCCUGCUGGAGGGUCAUACUUCAUGAUUUCACGAGCCCUGGGCCCUGAGUUUGGAGGAGCUGUAGGACUCUGCUUCUAUCUCGGCACUACCUUUGCUGCUUCAAUGUACAUCUUGGGGGCUAUUGAAAUCUUCCUGAUGUACAUUGCCCCCAAGGCCGCCAUCUUCCACAGCGAUGAUCCCCUGAAGGAGCCGGCAGCCAUGCUGAACAACAUGAGGGUUUACGGCUCGGCCUUCCUGCUGCUUAUGGUGCUGGUGGUAUUUGUGGGAGUGCGUUACGUGAACAAGUUUGCCUCCCUUUUCCUUGCCUGCGUCAUCGUCUCCAUUCUGGCUAUUUACACCGGUGUCGUCAAGUCCUCCUUCGCACCUCCUGAUUUUCCCGUGUGCAUGCUGGGGAAUCGUUCCCUCUCCCAGCACCAUAUUCAGACAUGUGCCAAGACCAAGGAGUAUGGCAACCUCACCAUACCCACGUUCCUGUGGACACGCUUUUGCAACCAUACCAGGCUCCUCAAUGCCUCUUGCGAUGAGUAUUUCCAACACAACAAUGUCACGGUUAUCCAAGGAAUUCCCGGACUAGCCAGUGGUGUUAUUGCUGAGAAUCUUUGGAGCAGCUACCUGACGAAAGGUGAAAUACUUGAGAAGCCAUCUUUGCACUCGGUUGAUGGGGGAGGCGCUCUGAAUCAGCAAUAUGUCCUGUCUGAUAUCACCACUUCUUUUACCCUUCUCGUGGGCAUAUUUUUCCCUUCUGUCACUGGAAUCAUGGCUGGGUCAAAUCGUUCCGGGGACCUAAAGGAUGCCCAGAAAUCUAUUCCCAUCGGUACCAUCCUGGCUAUUCUCACCACCUCCUUUGUGUAUCUUAGCAAUGUAGUGCUGUUUGGGGCAUGUGUGGAAGGCGUUGUACUCAGGGACAAAUUUGGCGACACGGUAAAGGGGAACCUGGUGGUGGGGACGCUCUCCUGGCCGUCCCCUUGGGUCAUUGUCAUUGGUUCGUUCUUCUCCACAUGUGGAGCUGGCCUGCAGAGCCUCACAGGUGCACCCCGACUACUGCAGGCUAUAGCAAAGGACAACAUUAUACCCUUCCUGCGGGUUUUUGGCCAUGGUAAAGCGAAUGGGGAGCCCACCUGGGCUUUGCUUCUGACAGCGGGCAUAGCAGAACUUGGGAUCUUGAUUGCCUCCUUGGACAUGGUCGCCCCUAUCCUCUCCAUGUUCUUCCUGAUGUGUUACCUCUUUGUCAACCUAGCCUGUGCCUUACAAACCCUGCUACGCAGCCCCAAUUGGAGACCACGCUUCCGGUACUACCAUUGGAUACUCUCCUUCAUGGGCAUGAGUAUCUGUGUGGCGCUCAUGUUCAUCUCUUCCUGGUAUUAUGCAAUCAUUGCAAUGGUGAUAGCUGGCAUGAUCUACAAAUAUAUUGAGUAUCAUGGAGCUGAAAAAGAAUGGGGAGAUGGCAUCCGUGGCUUGUCUCUGAGUGCAGCCCGUUUUGCUUUGCUGCGCCUUGAGGAAGGGCCACCCCACACCAAAAACUGGAGGCCACAACUGUUGGUGUUGCUAAAAUUGGAUGAGGAUCUACAUGUGAAGCAUCCACAUCUGCUCACCUUUGCUUCUCAGCUGAAAGCUGGCAAAGGACUCACUAUUGUAGGCUCGGUCAUGGUGGGCAACUUCCUGGAGAGUUACAGUGAAGCACUGGCUGCUGAGCAGACCCUCAAACAUCUGAUGGAGGCAGAACGUGUGAAAGGCUUCUGCCAGAUCGUGGUGGCUGCCAAGGUGCGAGAGGGCAUCUCCCACCUCAUUCAGUCUUGCGGACUGGGUGGUAUGAAGCACAACACCGUGGUGAUGGGCUGGCCGAGCGCCUGGCGUCAGAGUGAGGAUGCCCGUGCUUGGAAGACUUUUAUUGGCACUGUCCGCGUGACUACAGCUGCCCGCCUGGCCUUGCUCGUGGCAAAGAAUGUGGCUUUUUUCCCUAGCAACGCAGAGCCUUUUUCCGAGGGCAACAUUGAUGUCUGGUGGAUUGUGCACGAUGGAGGGAUGUUGAUGCUCCUCCCCUUUCUUCUCAAGCAGCACAAGGUGUGGCGUAAAUGCAAAAUCCGCAUCUUUACAGUAGCCCAACUGGAGGACAAUAGCAUACAGAUGAAGAAGGAUCUGGCCACCUUUCUGUAUCACCUACGUAUUGAGGCAGAGGUGGAAGUGGUAGAAAUGCACGACAGCGACAUCUCUGCCUACACCUAUGAGCGCACUUUGAUGAUGGAGCAACGUUCCCAGAUGUUGCGCCAAAUGCGCCUCUCUAAAACAGAACGAGAACGUGAGGCCCAGCUUGUGAAAGACAGGAACUCAAUGUUGCGGCUGACCAGCAUUGGCUCAGAUGAUGAUGAAGAGACGGAGACCUACCAGGAGAAGGUGCACAUGACCUGGACCAAGGACAAAUAUAUGGCUUCUCAUGGACACAAACUCAAGACCCUGGAGGGUUUCCAAGAUCUGCUCAAUAUGCGUCCGGAUCAGUCUAACGUGCGACGUAUGCACACGGCUGUCAAGCUCAACGAAGUUAUUGUCAACAAGUCCCACGAGGCCAAGCUUGUGCUGCUUAACAUGCCUGGGCCACCACGAAACCCCGAAGGUGAUGAAAAUUAUAUGGAAUUCCUGGAGGUCCUCACCGAAGGGCUGGAGCGUGUGCUGCUUGUACGGGGCGGAGGCAGCGAGGUCAUCACCAUCUAUUCCUAGAGGAUGGGAGGUCUUCCUCCUGACGAACUUGAGUUCAGAUUGAUACUUGCUUCCUACCUGUUCCCACGUGCCACUUGGAUCUCCCAAGGAGACCAGCUACUACCGCCACAUUUGUUUGCUUUCAUUUCUCGUGGCAAUUCAGGGUCUUCAAAUUGGGUGUUCCCCCCCGCCCCCAGUGUUUGGAGGAUGGAUAGUUGGCAGCUUCUUCA